GGCAUUGGGGCUUGACCGCUUGAGAUAUCAGCCAAAACAUGGCGACGACCCAAAGCAAAUCGACGCUACCACAAUCUGUUAACGGUAAUGCAAGCAGGCUCCCUCCCAAGAAGGAGGAGCAAGAACUCCGGCGAGCCUACUCGGAAAUGGCGAGCAACCUGGAGAAGCUCGUCAUCGAGAGCAGCAGCACCAGCAACAACCCGUGCCCCGACGCCAACGGAGACGACGAAGGCAACAAGGAGGUGGAGACGGUGCGGUGCGCGUGCGGCGUGGCGGAGGAGUGCACCGCGGCGUACGUGGUCGGCGUCCGCGCCGCGUUCUGCGGCAACUGGCUCUGCGGGCUGUGCGGGGAGGCUGUGAAGGAGCGCAUGGCGCGCGACCCGUUCUGCGGCGUGGAGGCGGCGCUGGUGUCCCACGAGGCGGAGCGCCGCGACUUCAACGCGACCAGGCUGAACCCGACGCUGUCGCUGGCGGGCUCCAUGCGGGGCAUCGCGCGCAAGAGCUUCGACCGGAGGAGGACGACCACGACGUCGGCGUCGUGCCAGGACCGCCAACUCCGCACGGCCGCGUCCAGGGCGGUGGCGCUCGCCAGGUCCGUCAGCUGUGACCCAAGGUUCCUAGGCGACGUCGAUAACGGGCCGGCCGGAGAUCCGUGCCGAUGAGGGAGGACUCGGCUCACGGCCUUACCUACGAGCCCGGAUAUUUAUACUCAGAGAUAGUACUAAAACUAACUACCACUACUCUCAUAGUGUCAUAUAUACAUGUCGUGAACCGUGAUAUCAUGUACGAGGUCAAGUAUAUGGUUCAAAAAAUAGUAUGAUUAGUUCUCAUUCGACUCAGAACUAACUUAGU